ACCAGGGUUGCCAGGUCCGCGGUUUUCCCGCCCAAUUGGGCUAUUUUUCAUUGGAAUUGGCGGGAAGAAAAUGGUAUUCGCGGGUUGGCGGUUUCUUGGGCUGUUUUUAUUGUAGUACGCGGUAUUUUGGGCUUUUUAUAUUGGAAAAAUUAUUUUAUAUCGUUUUUUCACAAGCUCAGGCACAGCGCCACGCCAGGUGUGUUGUUGUCAGGUGACGAUACCUGACGCGCCUGGCCAUCUGCCUGGGUGUGACCUCUUUCCCCUCUCCCCAGGGGGAUUAUCAGUAUUUAUCAUGAGGGCACGACCUCGUUAACACCGUCGCAUGACCUCUCCCCGUGACCUGGACAGUAUGAUGAAGCCAGCAGUCUCUCUUCAACCACCACACAGUCACAACCAGCACCUUGGCUAUCAGAAACAGUUUACUCUCUGUCGUGCAGUGAAAAUGGGCAAGUGGGCUAAGUACGGCAAGAAAUACAAGAAAGAAUGGGAAAAAGAAGAUGGUCUCAGAGAAUGGAUUUCUGGUGUGCCUGGUGAUGACUCUGUUGCAGCGUGCAAGUUCUGCAAAACAACAAUUAGAGCCCAUCACAGUGACCUUGUCAGUCAUAGCUCAACUGAAAAGCACAGAAAAAAUGCAGCCCCAUUUUCAAACAUGAGAACAUUAUUUCAAUCCGGCAUUAGAAAAACAAAUGCCAAUAACAGCAUGAAAAUUUGUGAACUGAUAUUAGCAGCUCACAUUGCUUGCCAUUCAAGCAUUAACACUAUUGAUCACCUGGCUGAAGUUGUGGGAAAAAUUUCAAAUAAGGAAAUCUCACUACAUAGAACGAAGUGCACAGCACUUAUAAACAAAGUACUGGGACCCUCUAUGCUGAAGGAACUAUGCAGUGAUAUCGGUGAUAAUGAUUACUCAUUGAUAAUUGAUGAAAGCACAGACAUCACCACAAAAAAGAAACUGUGUGUUGUUGUUCGCUAUCCCAGCUACUCAAAGAAGAGAAUUAUCACUUCGUUCUUGGGUUUGGUGGAAUUGGAAAGGGGCACAGCUGAGGUGGUCACAACAUCUUUACUUGACUUCAUAGAAAAUCAUGCCAAACUGAACGUCAAAAAAUGCAAUGGUUUGGCAACUGAUGGAUGCAACACUAUGUGCGGGACACACAACUCUGUUAUGUCAAGAUUUCGUGCAUUAAACCCACACGUGACACACAUCAAAUGCAUAUGUCAUUCAUUGCAUUUAUGUACGUCAUAUGCAAUGCGAAAGUUGCCCUCUCACCUUGAAUUCAUGGUGUCACAGACAUAUAGAUAUUUUUCACACAGCACGCUUCGUCAACAAAAGUAUGCAGAACUCUAUUCAACAAUCAACGUGGGAGAACAACCACUGAAGUUGCUGAAGUUGUCAGGGACGCGAUGGCUGGCUAUUGCACCAUGUAUAACAAGGAUUCUGGAGCAGUAUGAUGAGCUGAAACUCCAUUUUGAGAUAUCCAAAGAUGAGGAGGAGAAGAACUACACUGCCGAUUUGUUGUACCAGAUGUACUCAGAUCCUGCCAACAAGUUGUACUUGGCUUUUCUGCAGCCUGUGGUGUCCCAGGUCAACCGGGUUAACAAAUUGUUUGAGUCAGACCGGUGCAAUGCCAACAGACUCCUGGAAGAUUUGAUGUCCCUCUACAAGUCCAUUCUCCAGCGACUCAUGAUGCCGCGAACUUUCUGCACGUGGAAAGCUGUGGCAGAUUAUGAUGUGAACGACGAACGGAACCAUCUGCCGCUGGAAGCUGUGGACUUCGGUGUGAAGUUCUACAUCGAACUGGGUCAGAGCAGGUUGGACAGCGGAAUUGUUCACACCGUUAAGAAGCACGGGCGUGACUUCCUGAUGAAGCUUCUUCAGGAGCUGCAGCAAAGGCUUCCAUCAAAUAUUAACCAUCUCCAGAGCUUGGAUGCCCUGACCCCAGAAACCGUUCUCGGAGUGAGGAAACCAAGACUGCAGGAGCUGUCUUUCUUACCAAAAUAUUCGGGGGAUAUUGGUAAGCUCGACGAGCAGUGGCAAAGACUUGCAACUGUCAGCUGGCCAAAAGAUGUGAUAAACGACUCCGAAAAGUUUUGGUUAACUGUUCACAGCCACCAGGACGCCUCAGGGGAGCGGGAUUUUAAGGAGGUAGGGCAGUUUGCUCUGUCCAUGCUUUCGCUGCCCAUUAGCAAUGCCUCUGUUGAACGGGUUUUUUCCCAAAUGAACUUGAUAAAGAAUAAACUUAGGAACAGGAUGCAACACAAGAGUCUAGAAAACACAUUACAUGUACGUGCAUUCAUGAAUAGAAACAACAUGUGUUGUAGGGAGUUCGACCCCACACAGGAAAUGCUGUCAAUGUUCACAAAGGACAUCUAUACCAAUGUUGAUGAGCAUGAGUAUGUUGAGGUGCCUGAUGUAUAAAUGUACUGAAAAUAAACAUAUAGCAUGUAUGUUAAUAUACUCUAGCAUGUAAAGUAUAAUUAGGUAGGCAUUAAUGUUAAUAAAGGUACAUAAUUUGUCAAAUAUUUUUUUUCCUGUUAUAAUAUAGCUAUACGUCUCAGUCGUCUUGAGCAUCAUACUACUGAUAAUUCUAAUUUUGGGCUGCUUUUGGGCUGUUUUUUGUGACCGAGGUCGCGGGUUUUGGGCGGGUUUUGGGAUGGAAUGGCGCGGGAUAUCAGUCCACGACCUGGCAACUCUGAUCUGUGGUCAUAUGCCGGAGAGAGACAGAAGGGGAAGGAAUUAUAGGAGAAGGGAACAGAUCCCAGGAGACAGGACACAACCCACGAUUAAUACCUGGUACCCAUUCACUGCUGGGGGGUGGACAGGGGCGUAGGGCAUCAGAAAACCCGCCCAAAGUACAUGAAGCACGACUGGUGGGCAUACAGCCGCGCCUCUUGGAUAAGGACAAAGUCGAAAAGCACCAGAGGAAGACCUGUCAGAGGCUGCAAGGCAAGGUCCACGAGUACUAGGAAGAGUUCAGCCACGGUGGACGCCGCCCCAAGAAGCUAGUAUCUAAAUAGCACCGAAUUAUUGAUCCCCGCUUUUCGGCCAUAACUCAGAAAAUACUGCACAUAGAGGGAUAUAUUGUGGAUACCAUUUUCAUAUAACAAUAGGACGAAGAGGAAAAAAGACGAGAAGGGAAGGAAAAGAAAUAUCCAUAAAAAACGCGAAUUAUAAACCAAAAAAAAAAAAAAAGGAAAGACAAGUGAAAAAACAAAUACCCAUAAAAAACGCGAAUUAUAAACCGGAUAAAAAAAACGCAAAUAGCAAACAAAAUAAAUAAAAGGUAAGAAAAUAAAGGAAAACAAAGAAAAGCAGAUAAACACUAAAAAUAUGACCUUCCUUGAGACUAAACAAAUAAGGAAGGAGGAGGAGGAGGAAGAGGAAGAAAAGUCCCA